AUAUCUACUCCUCGAAGCGAAGAUUCUUCACGGAAAAGCUUUUCUAUGGACGACGACGCGUAUCCACCCACGGAUAUGAUCCGCCAUUAGCGUCCUGCAAUCCAAGCAUAACCCAAUCUGUAGCCCAAACCAAUCGUACAUUAAUGCUCUUGAUUCGCUUGCAUUCUUCCUUCAUCUGAUAUCACUCUAUGCCCAAUCUUUUUUCGACUCACUCACUGAAUCAUUGUUUUUGUUCACGAUUUGCCUUCUAUGAGUACGCAUAAUGGCACCCUCUUCCACAUCCUCCUCAGCACCCGCUGGCCCUCAGCAUGCCAAUCCGGACACCGAACCUGAGAAGCAGACGCAAUAUGCCUCCAUUAUCCCUGAGCAACCACAACAAGACCGGCUGCAGCUGCAACGCACAGUCUCGAGCAGUCACCACGACAUGGUCAAUGUCCAAUACGUCGCAACUGGCGACAACGAUGUCAUCUACAGCAAGUUCUCCAACAGUCGAAAACUAGUCAUUGUUGCCGUUGUGUCGUUUUGUAGCUUCCUCGCUCCCAUUUCCUCAACCACUGUAUUGUCCGCUGUUCCUGAGGUGGCUGCUACCUUCAACACCGACGGCUCCAUCAUCAAUGUGUCCAAUGCCCUGUACAUGCUCUUCAUGGGCCUGUCUCCAUGCUUCUACGGGCCAUACGGCAACAUUUACGGCCGCAAAUGGGUCUCUGUCACGAGUGCUGCCUUGUUCACUGCUUUUUCCAUUGGCACAGCUUUGGCACCCAAUCUGGCUGCCUUCUUUGUCUUUCGAAUCCUUACCGCGUUUCAAGGGACUGCGUUUUUGGUGAUUGGAUCGGCCGUCAUUGGCGAUAUCUACAAGCCGACUGAGCGCGCAACAGCACUGGGUUGGUUCCUCAGCGGUACCCUUAUUGGACCAGCACUGGGCCCCUUUCUCGGUGGCAUCAUCGUCACAUUCCGGACCUGGCGUGACAUCUUUUGGCUGCAGACAGCUUUGGCUGGCGCAGCAACCAUGUUCUGCUUCUUCCUCCAGCCAGAGACGAUUCACAAGCGACGUGCCGACGAGCUCCAAGGACUACCAAGGAAAGAGCGAGCCGUCAAAAUGUGGCAGUGGCUCAACCCCUUUCGCAUCAUCAUGUUGUAUCGGUACCCGAAUAUCCUCCUCACAGGAUUGGCUUCGAGUGCGCUCGUCUGGAACAUGUACUCGCUGCUCACACCCAUCCGCUACGUCUUGAACCCGCGCUUCAACCUCGAGACGCCAUUGCAGUCUGGUCUCUUCUACAUUGCGCCCGGAUGCGGAUACCUAGUAGGCACCUUUGUCGGCGGCCGCUAUGCCGACCGCGUAGUUAAAAAGUACAUUCGCAAGCGCGGCCAGCGUGUCUCGGAAGAUCGUUUACGCAGCUGCGUCUUGUUUCUGGGCGUCAUGAUGCCAGCCUGCAUGCUUAUCUACGGCUGGAGUGUUGAGAAGCGCGUUGGUGGGGUCGCUCUGCCCGUCAUUAUGAUGUUCCUGCAGGGUGUGGGCCAACUUUUUUGUUUUCCGAGUUUGAAUACGUAUUGUCUGGAUGUCAUGCAGAGUCGGAGUGCUGAGGUCGUUGCGGGUAACUACUUUAUGCGGUACAUGUUUGCUGCCGGAGGAUCUGCUGCCUGUCUGCCCGCCGUUCGAGCCAUUGGCGUCGGCUGGUUCUCGACCAUUAGCGCUGCAUUUCUUGUUGCCGGCGCGGCGGGAACCUAUGUCACGGCGCUGUAUGGAAAGUCCUGGCGCAUGGCUAUUGAUGAGAAGAAGGCGGCCAGGAAGGAGGGUGAAGAUAAAGUGUAGGUUGUCGAUGGGAACUAAAUACUGAGUUCAUGAUGGAUACUUGGGUCAUGGAGUCAUGUACAGACAUGCAACUUUUCUUUUUCAACCCCAUCGAACUCGCACAGAUUGAUCAGUUACCAACAUUGAAAAAA